CUUCACGUAUAACGUAACGUCAUUACGUAAUAUUAAUACUUCCUGCGCGGGAGCUUUUGACUAACAAACAGUCGAGUUUGAGGGAAACCAGAAAGCAGCAGGUUUUCACACUCACACCAUGGCUAUGAGAAGCGAGGACAGGGUGGAGACGGAGGUAGAGGCGGAAGAAAGCUUCGGGCCACAGCCUCUGAGCAGACUGGAGCAAUGUGGAAUCAGUGCCAGUGACAUCAAGAAGCUGGGAGACUCAGGUUUCCACACCAUCGAGGCAGUGGCCUACACACCCAAGAAGGAGCUGCUUAACAUCAAAGGCAUCAGUGAGGCCAAAGCUGACAAAAUUCUAGCUGAAGCAGCCAAACUUGUGCCCAUGGGUUUCACCACAGCUACUGAGUUCCACCAGAGGAGAGCUGAGAUCAUCCAGAUCUCUACAGGCUCCAAGGAGCUCGACAAACUCCUGCAGGGUGGGAUAGAGACGGGCUCCAUCACAGAGAUGUUUGGAGAGUUUCGGACGGGGAAGACACAGCUGUGCCACACACUCGCUGUCACCUGUCAGCUGCCCAUUGAUCAGGGGGGGGGAGAAGGUAAAGCUAUGUACAUUGACACAGAGGGAACCUUCAGACCAGAGAGACUCCUCGCUGUAGCUGAGAGGUAUGGGCUGGUAGGCAGUGACGUUCUGGACAACGUGGCCUACGCUCGAGCCUUCAACACAGACCAUCAGACCCAGCUGCUGUACCAAGCGUCUGCCAUGAUGGCUGAGUCCAGGUAUGCUCUGCUGAUAGUGGACAGCGCCACAGCUCUGUACAGAACAGACUACAUAGGCCGAGGUGAGCUGUCGGCCCGACAGGGACACCUGGGCCGCUUCCUCCGCAUGCUGCUCAGGCUGGCAGACGAGUUUGGCGUUGCCGUGGUGAUAACCAACCAGGUGGUAGCGCAGGUGGAUGGAGCAGCCAUGUUUUCUGCAGAUCCCAAGAAACCAAUUGGAGGCAACAUUCUGGCUCAUGCCUCCACCACACGUCUGUACCUGAGGAAAGGCAGAGGAGAGACGAGGAUCUGUAAAAUCUACGACUCCCCCUGCCUGCCGGAGGCUGAAGCCAUGUUUGCCAUUAACCCUGAUGGAGUGGGUGAUGCCAAGGACUGAGCUGGUGGAGAGGUGCUAAAUGUUAGUCACACCUGUUGACUCAUUCUUGGACUAAAGUGUUGUGUGCGUGCGUGCGAUCUUCACCCAUACUACCUCCUUCACACAAAGCCUCAGCCUGAUGGGUAAACGAUUUGGUUUGACGCUGAUUGAGUGGAUAAGAUGGUCCAGGCUGCACAUCUGGAGCUCAGUGGUGCAACAGCAAGAUGAACAUGGUUCUUUCAUAAAGCACAUUUCAGUCAAGCAAAGAAAGAAUAGGAUCUCAUAAUUACAAGAUCCAUUGUCAUUGGAAAAUAUGAUAUCCCAACAUGCCCGAGGUCUCGUUACGUAAUUAUGAGAUACUAAGUUAUAAUUAGUUUGUUGAAUGCUUUGCGCCUCUGAAGUUCCAGCUAUGGAGUGGUCAAAAAAUAAUUUUGUAAAAAUGUAAGUUUGAGUCUUUAAGUUUGUUGAGUGGUGUCUGAUGGCGACGUGGUUUCUGAGAAUACAGUUGAAACAUUUUGUAAAUAAAGUAUUCCUACAAAGCUGUUAUUCUCAAAGCUCCACCACUAAAGGUAUGUGCCUUGUUUGUAAAUUAAAUUAGUUUUACCAUACAGUGACUUGUCUCGUCUGUUAGCAUCGACAUAAUAACACAUUAAACUACUAAAGACUUGAAUACAAAAAGAAUUUUAUUCAAUGUUAUCUGUGUCGCAUCGAUGCAUAUUAACUUUUCAUUGCGGGAUCAAAAGAGGAAAUUAAACAUCAAUUUUUUUCACAGCAACUGCAAAAUUAACCUCAACAAAACAAAUUGAAAACAGUGCCAUUAAAAUGAUGUUAGAUCAAAGUAAUAGUCGAACAAUGCUGUUUAACUUUCACUUCAGAAAAUAACAGGAAUGUAAACGCACACAAAGUUCAAAGGCAGCCGAUACUCAGGAAAAUUUAAGGUACAAAAAUAUUAGGAUACCUUUCAGUCACAACCAAAAGGAACACUCCAUGCACUUUAUCAUUUUACUUAGAAGGCUACAUUAUCUAUUUUAAGCGAAUGAUAUUCUGAUCACAGUACUACAGUGGUAUGACUACAUCGACCUACAUGAGAGGCGUCGC